AUGGCUACUCCAGAGACACUGGCCAAAAAGCAGCGCAGGCGCAGUGAUUAUGGCUUCCACCAAGUACACCAAACCAGAUGGUUCGACAAUGACAUGUACGCCCACCUGAACAAUGCCGUUUACACACACCUCUUUGAUACAAUUGCAAACACAUACCUCAUCAAAGUAUGCGGCAUGGACCCCUUCAGUGUGAACAACCCAACACCCUCUUCUCCAUCGGACCCCCAACCCGCCAAUGUCGCCUCGCCCUCAAACAUACAAGCAGGUGCAGAUCAAAUUGGUUUGAUUGUGUCCACCCAUGCCGACUUUUUUGCCUCUGUACGAUUCCCCGAUUUAUUGGAAGUUGGGUUACGCGUCAACAAACUGAGCAAGUCGAGCGUGACGUGGGAGGUGGGUAUCUUCCGAGAGGGCCAAGAGGAUGUCAAGAUGGUUGGCACCUAUACACAUGUCUUUGUGUUGAGAGAGACUAUGCGCGUUGGGAAGACUGGAAUGGAGGAGAGGGUUCGGGAUGGCUUGCAGAAGUUGCUUGUCAAGGAGAAGGCCAAGUUGUAA